AAAUUAGGAGCCAUGGCCGUACGUGCAUAGCAUAACUAAGCUACUACAGUAGUAUACUCCACGAGGACUCCACCCACCAGGUGUCAAGGCCAGAAAGAGAGAAACUACUGCUAGUACUAGCAGCAGCUAGGGAGACGGAGGAUAAAGAGAGAGAAAGUGCUUGCAAGAAGAGAAGACGAAGAAGAGAGAGAAAGUGCUUGCAAGAAGCGGAGAGAAAUAAAGAUCUUGCUGCUAGAAAGAGAGAGAGGGGGAUCGGAGCUUCGGAACGAAGGAAGAAGAAGAGAUGGGCCGCGGGAAGGUGGAGUUGAAGCGGAUCGAGAACAAGAUCAGCCGGCAGGUGACGUUCGCCAAGCGCCGGAACGGGCUGCUCAAGAAGGCGUACGAGCUCUCCGUGCUCUGCGACGCCGAGGUCGCCCUCAUCAUCUUCUCCAGCCGCGGCCGCCUCUUCGAGUUCUCCACCUCCUCAUGUAUGUACAAGACAUUGGAGCGAUACCGCAUCUGCAACUUCGCAUCUGAAGCAUCAUCAGCUCCAAUCGAGGCUGAACUGAAUAAUUACCAGGAGUACUUGAAGUUAAAGACAAGAAUUGAGUUCCUACAAACAACUCAAAGAAAUCUUCUAGGUGAGGACUUGGGCCCACUUAGCAUAAAGGAGCUUGAGCAACUUGAGAAUCAAAUUGAGAUCUCUCUCAAGCAUAUCAGAUCAUCAAAGAACCAGCAGAUGCUUGAUCAACUCUUUGAGCUCAAGCGUAAGGAACAACAACUGCAAGACUCUAACAAGGACUUGAGAAGGAAGAUACAAGAAAUUAGUGAGGAGAACGUGCUGCGUCUGACCUGCCAGGACCUUGGGCCUAGUGGAUCUAGCGGUCAUGGCGAUGACUCUAGCCAGGAACUCCUUCGCACUGCUGUUUGUGAUCCUUCCCUGCAUAUAGGGUAUCAAGCUUACAUCGACCAUCUGGGCAAGGAAUAAGUUGUUUCAUUAUUAGGGCGCUAGCCAGUUAUUAGUGCACUAGCCAAAGUGUCAUCUAUAUAUUGGACAUAAUAUGCUUUUGACAAAACUUCUAGCUUUGAGCUAGAACAUAUGUACUAAACUAAGAGCUCAACGUUUUAGACUCUCUCGAGUUCAAGAAGAAUGAUCUGAUGAUGAAUGCACUGCAUGCUAAAUAAGUCCAUAUAUAUCUCACUUUGAACUGAUUAUAUUAUAAGGAGAAGUAUGUAAGUAAUUGGCAACUAAUGUUCAAUAAGGCUUCUGAUUA